AUGGACUUGAAUACUGGUCAAACGGAGACGAGUCGCUGUGUCCCAAAGGAGGUGUCAUUUCUCUAAUUUGUAACCAUGGAAACCAUGGGAAUCCUCCUGGCUGCAAUCUCAUUGGUCGGCGUGUGUUUAAUAACCACAGUGGUGUCAUUGGUCUUCGUUCACUUCAAAAAGACUCCCAUUGACAGGGCCAACAACUCUGAGCUGAGCUUCCUGGGGAAAACAAUAGUGGUGUUGAUGGCCUUCAGGGCUACACUUCCAGGCAGUAAUGUCAUGAAAUGGUUUGGUCCUCCACAGCAGAGACUCAGUGUUCUGGCUUUCACUCUCAUACAGGUCCUGAUCUGUGCUCUUUGGUUAACAGUCUCCCCUCCUUUCCCCUACAAGAAUAUGAAAACAUAUCAGGAAAAGAUCAUUCUAGAGUGUGAUGUGGGUUCAGCUAUUGGAUUCUGGGCUGUGUUGGGUUAUAUAGGACUCCUGUCUCUCUUGUGCUUUGUGCUGGCUUUUCUGGCUCGGAAGCUGCCGGAUAACUUCAAUGAGGCCAAAUUCAUCACCUUCAGCAUGCUCAUAUUCUGUGCAGUCUGGAUCACCUUUAUCCCAGCUUAUGUCAGCUCUCCUGGGAAGUUCACUGUAGCUGUGGAGAUCUUUGCUAUUCUGGCCUCUAGUUAUGGUUUACUUUUCUGUAUAUUUGCUCCAAAGUAUCAUAUCAUAUUACCUCAACUUUAUACACACUUUAGUAUUGAGAGGGGUUAGGGAGGUUGUGGGCGUUAGACAGGUGCACUGGUUGCUUCCCCUCCCCCAGAAUGGUCAGUAUUGUGAAAUAAUUCUAAAGUUAAGGAAAUGUUUGAAUGGAGGAUGCUGAUCCGAGAGCAGCGCUAUCUUUCUUUCGAUGCUAUCAAUAUCGACACGCUCUCCAACGGCACACUUAACGACCGUUCUCUCUGCGUAAUG